AUGCGAGGGAUGAGGGCAUCCAAUCAGGUCUGGAUGGAACUGAAGAUGGAAAUGAGCCAGCAGCAGCUUGUGCCUGCAGCCUGCUUCUUCUCGGCGGCUCAGGACAUCCAGCUGAGUCCGAGCGGCGGCAGCCAGAGCAGCGCCAAGUCCAAGCAGCAGAAGCGGACACGCUCGUCCUCCCCGGAGCUGCUGCGAUGCAAGCGGAGGCUCAACUUCGCGGGGUUCGGCUACACGCUGCCCCAGCAGCAGCCGCACGCCGUGGCCCGGAGGAACGAGAGGGAACGCAACAGAGUAAAGCUGGUCAACAACGGCUUCGCCACGCUGCGGGAGCACGUCCCGAACGGAGCCGCCAACAAGAAGAUGAGCAAAGUGGAGACGCUCCGCUCGGCGGUGGAGUACAUCCGCGCGCUGCAGCAGCUGCUGGACGAACACGACGCCGUCAGCGCGGCCUUUCAGUCCGGAGUCCUGUCUCCGACCAUGUCGCAGGGAUACUCGGCGGACAUGAACUCUAUGGCCGGGUCGCCGGUGUCCUCGUACUCCUCAGAUGAGGCCUCAUACGACCCUCUCAGUCCAGAGGAGCAGGAGUUGCUGGACUUCACCAACUGGUUCUGAGCAUCUCCACGAGAACUGCGCGUUCGAUGAAGUGGCUUGUCUGCGCUUGUGGUGGCACCGGAGGAGACGAGGGCUCCUCCAGAACAAGAUGCACUGAACAGACUCGGGCUGGUCCUGAUGAGGCGGCCGAGCCCCGAGAGACUCGGAAGAACCGAGAUGAGCGCCAAAGGAUUUUGCAGGGAGACGGGUCUCCCGACGAGCGUGGGAGUCCCAGACAAACCAAGUCCAACCAGCUCUUCCUUCUACAGAACAUUAUUUAACACGUUGCUCUUCAUCUAUGCUAAACCCAAUCACAGAACACCAAUUCAGAAAAUGCUUCCAAGUCGCGGAUUUAUCCUAUGAAAUUCUAUAUCUAAACGCCUUUUUUUUGUGGGGGGUAAAUAUAUUAAACUAUUUUUGUAUGUAAGAGAUUUAUAGACGUU